GUCCCUAUAAAUACCCCUCCAUUUCCGCCUCUCUGCUCCACCUCCUCCGCUGCUACCGCCGCCGUCUCCGCCACUGCAUCGGCCCAGAAAAUGUCAUCUCUCCGCCCCCUUCUUGCCUUUUCUAUUCUCCUCGUUCUUUACACCGAUGUCGUGGCGGCAGCUUCUUCUUCCUCUUCGAAAUUUCGGUCGGGAUCCGCCACCGUGCACAACCCAAAACUUCCGCCGCCAAGCCUCUCCGCCUCGAAAAGAUUCGAGGGCUCCUCCAAUUUGGUCAAUCUCCGGUACCACAUGGGCCCGGUGCUCUCGUCUUCUCCGAUUAACAUUUACCUUAUUUGGUACGGCAAAUGGGCUCUUCCGGAACAGAAUCUCAUCAAGGAUUUCUUGCUCUCAUUCUCCGUCGCCGCCGCUGCUCCAUCUCCCUCAGUCGCAGAGUGGUGGCGGACUGUCACUCUCUACAACGACCAAACCGGCGCCAACGUGUCCCGCUCCAUCGUAAUCGCCGGCGAAUAUUCCGAUCGCCGAUACUCCCUCGGCACCCAACUCACCCGUCUCUCAAUCCAACAAGUCAUCGCCUCCGCCGUCCGAUCCGCACCGUUCCCGGUCGACCACCGCAACGGAAUCUACCUAAUCCUAACUUCCGGCGACGUGAUUGUUCAAGAUUUCUGCAGAGCCGUUUGUGGAUUCCAUUACUUCACUUUCCCAUCGAUGGUCGGCUACACGUUGCCGUAUGCCUGGGUUGGAAACUCCGGGCAGCAGUGCCCCGAGGUUUGCGCAUAUCCAUUCGCCAUUCCAGGGUAUAUGGGCGGCGGAGGGGCGGCGGCGCUUUCGCCUCCGAACGGGGAUAUCGGAGUGGAUGGGAUGAUAAGCGUGAUCGGACAUGAGUUGGCAGAGCUUUCGUCGAAUCCAUUGGUGAAUGCUUGGUACGCCGGCGAGGAUCCGACGGCGCCGACGGAGAUUGGGGAUCUGUGUGAGGGGCUGUACGGAAGCGGCGGCGGAGGAGGGUAUAUUGGGGCGGUGAUGAAAGACGGAGAAGGGCGGAGUUUUAAUUUAAAUGGUGGAAAUGGACGAAGGUUUUUGGUGCAGUGGCUAUGGAGUCCGGUUUUGAAAGCCUGUGCAGGGCCGAACGCGUUGGACUGAGGAAGAAGAUGAAGAUUAAAGUUUUUUUUUUUUUUUUUAAUUUUAAUUUUAAUUUCUUUUUUUAUUUUUGUAUAAAGAAAAUAAGGAUCACAAGUUUUGUGCUUAGCGUUCAAAUCAUUAUAUGCUUAGUUGAAUUAAAUAUAAUCUAAAUUAACCUUUAUUUUA